AUGCAAGGACAUCCAGAGCACGACCAGAGUUGUAUGAAUCCUCCUUCCUUCCCAAUGCUUUCUGUUAACCUUGUGUUCAUUCUCUCCAUCUCUAGGAUGUUCCAGCUGCUCCAGGGUCACAUCCAGCCAGCUGGACUCCGAAGCCGCAAAAACCGCCUGGUCACCAAAGAUGGGCGCUGCAACAUUGAGUUCGGCAGCACUGAAUACAGCAACCACUAUGCUUACCUGGUUGACUUUUGGACCACAUUCGUAGAGAUCCGCUGGCGCUUUGUCCUCCUUCUUUUUGUGGCUGCGUUCACAGGUAGCUGGUUCAUUUUCAGUCUGCUGUGGUACUGGAUCGCUAAGAGCAAUGGUGAUCUAAUCGGACAGAACAGCACAGAUGGACAUGUUAAGUGUAUAGAAAAUGUUCAUGGACUCACAACAGCCUUCCUUUACUCUUUGGAGACCCAGACCACCAUUGGGUAUGGCGGCAGGGCACUGACUGGGCACUGUGCCGGCACUGUGGCUCUAAUCAUGAUCCAGUCUCUAAUCGGCGUCUUUAUCAACUGUUUCAUGUGCGGCGUCAUCUUAGCAAAGAUCUCCUUACCUAAAAGAAGGGGAAAGACCGUCACAUUCAGCGACACAGCUGUCAUCUGCCUAAAGAAAGGAAGUCUGUGUCUACUAAUCAGAGUCGCUAACCUCAGAAAGACAUUACUCAUCGGCAGCCAGAUUUACGGCAAGCUGCUAAGGACAAUAACAACUCCAGAUGGAGAGACCAACAUCCUGGACCAGGUGGACAUUGAGUUUAUGGUCGAUGCUGGAAAGGACAACUUGUUCUUCGUUUGUCCUCUCACUCUUUACCACGUGAUAAACAAAUCAAGCCCGUUCUACGAGCUGUCCGCUGACUCUCUCCCCCUGCAGGACUUUGAGUUGGUGGUCUUUCUUGAUGGGACGGCUGAGUCGACCAGCUCUGCCUGCCAGGUUCGAACCUCUUACAUCCCACAAGAGAUUCAGUGGGGUUACAGUUUCUUGCCAAUCAUCUCUCGCACUAACACAGGAAAGUACCGUGUGGAUUUCUCAAACUUUUCUAAAAGCAUUCAGGUCACCACGCCGCACUGCAUCCAGUGCUUCGAGGCAGACAUAGACCAGAGAAACCACAACAGAGAAAAUCACAAUAACCAGGGGAAGAGGGGGGUUGACAAUCUGGGGUUUCAGGUGAUUGGCAUCCACGAUUCGAUGGAUAUUACUCAAAUGUGA